AGCGAUGAAAAAACCUACACGGCUGCUCUCAAUGAAGUUCAAUUUGAUCCAUACACUGUCGAAGGUAUUCCAAGUACCAAUCCGAUCUGUCAAAAGAAAGCUAUUGUUAAGGAUGCCAAAGGUGAAAUAGUGGUACGAUUUGUUGAUCGCUGUCGCGAUUGUAAAAACGGUAAAUGCAUUCGACUUCAUAAUAUUGAUGAUUUUACUGGAUCCAUUCUAGGUGAUAUCGGCCUGACUUAUGAUGGUUUCAUGACCGUGGCUGGUGAACUUGGUGAUGGUCAUACCGACAUCACAUGGCAUUUUCUUUAA